GCAACAGCAAACAUGUCUGACGCCGGCGAGAUCGAGGUCGAGAACACCGCCCUCUAUGAGGUGCUCCCCAAGGACGUUGUCAAGGAGGUUGGCAACGUCAAGCUCUUCAACAAGUGGGACUACGAUGUCGAGGUCCGCGACAUCUCCCUGACUGACUACAUUUCCCUGCGAAACCCCGUCUACGUCACCCACACUGCUGGCCGAUAUGCCACCAAGCGAUUCCGAAAGGCCAACUGCCCCAUCAUUGAGCGAUUGACCAACUCGCUCAUGAUGCACGGCCGCAACAACGGAAAGAAGCUCAUGGCUGUCCGAAUUGUUGCCCACGCCUUCGAGAUCAUCCACCUGAUGACCGACCAGAACCCCAUCCAGGUCGCUGUUGACGCCAUUGUCAACUGCGGUCCCCGUGAAGACUCUACCCGAAUCGGUUCCGCCGGUACCGUCCGACGACAAGCCGUUGAUGUUUCUCCCCUCCGCCGAGUCAACCAGGCCAUCGCCCUCCUCACCACUGGUGCCCGCGAGGCCUCCUUCCGCAACGUCAAGUCUAUUGCUGAGUGCCUUGCUGAGGAGCUGAUCAACGCCGCCAAGGGUUCCAGCAACUCUUACGCUAUCAAGAAGAAGGACGAGCUGGAGCGUGUGGCCAAGAGCAACCGAUAA